UUGUCCGUUUGACAGCAAAGCAAACUGGAAAAAUCGAAAUAACAGCAAAAUAACCGGGGGCAAAAUCAAAAAUCCAUUGUGCUUAUGAACAGUGAUUCAGGCGUUUUUCUCUUUUGGUAUAGAUUGAAUUUUUAGAUCUUUACAAAUACAGUAACAUAAGGUCAAAUCCAAUUGUCCCUAACACUGUCUCUGCCUUUUUCUAGUAAACUCUUUUUCCGUCUCUGUCUCUGUCUCUGUUUUGGUGAUGGCAAUAAAUCAGAGUUACUUGAAGAUGAUGACUGAAUCGGACGCGGCCGAUUUGAUCAGCAACGAUUUCAAAGUGCUCGGUGCUGCUGCUAAGAAGCUUGCCGGCCACGCCGUCCGCCUCGGCAGCUUGGGAUUUGGAACUUCUUUUCUCAAAUGGGUUGCUUCUUUUGCUGCAAUCUAUCUGUUGAUCUUGGAUCGAACAAACUGGAAAUCGAACAUUCUUACAGGGCUAUUGAUCCCUUACAUUUUCUUCACCCUUCCUUCGAUAUUGUUCGACAUCUUCAGGGGAGAGGUAGGAAAAUGGAUUGCUUUCGUUGGUGUUGUCUUACGGCUUUUCUUCCCUAAACGAUUCCCAGAGUGGCUGGAAUUGCCGGCUGUGUUGAUUCUUCUUAUAGUGGUUGCUCCUAGCUUAUAUGCGGACACUGUGAGGGGCGACUGGAUUGGUGUUGUAAUAUGUCUUCUCAUCGCAGGUUAUUUGCUUCAAGAACACAUCCGGGCAGCCGGUGGGUUCAGAGAUGCUUUCACCAAACCUGGCGGAAUAUCAAACACUGUUGGCAUAAUCAUUUUGUUCGUCUACCCUGUUUGGGCAAUUGUACUUUACAUCUUAUAGACUUUUACUACCAUGCAUCAUGAUUCAUGUGGAGUGUUUUUGAGUUUCUACAUUUUCACGAGUUCCUUUUUGUGUCAUUCAUUCGUGUAAUCCUACAACAAUUCAUAUUUUUGUUGUAUUUCCGUACAUAUCGUAUGGUUUGUAAUCAUCAAAACGUGAGCAUAGACCUUGUUGAAGA